AUGGCUGCAUUGCACAAGUUCAAACUCUUCUCAACGCCGUGUGGAGUGGGGCAAAGCCCGACCCAAAGCCCGAGGACGAGCCCGUUGGUUCAGUUCCGGCGGCCCAAAACAUCCCUGCGCACUCUUCUUAGCCUGAACCGGUCACCUCGGCGAGCCGUGGAGAAGGAUCCCAUGCGGAGACACUCCCUGAAGGACCUCUUUGUGUCAUCGCCGCCACGAGAGGAGCAGGUGCAGGAUCACGAAACUACUCCAAUGUUGGUUUCCGUUGCGGUUCCGCAUUCUUGGAAUAACGAACCCGGUUCAACGAACUCGCCUUGGAGCGGUUUCCGUUGCAGGUCGUUGUUGAAAAGGAAAUACUGGCGCCCUCUCCUCCUUACUAUUCCGGAAUGA